AGUGGAGCUGGAGCAUCCUUGCCAAAGACAGGGAGACUACAGAGCCAUUUUGACCGCUUCACUUUCUAAAACAGCGCUCAAGCGGCCACCUUCCCUCCACGGUUCUCAAGACAAGUUCAGUUCGGGCGGAGGGAGUGGGUGUUCUGGUCGGCUACGAGGGAGAAUUCGUCGCUGACAUCCUCCUCCUGUCCCGUUUUCAUGAAGAGGAGAGGCUGGUGACAGACCCGGAGGAGAGCGGAAGUGGAGGUAUCCACCGGGGGCUGGAUGUAAACCCACAAACACGAAGAACACGGUGUGUUCCCUGGAGCUGUUCGGAGAGAUCUAGAGGCCCCACACCUGGGUACCAGAGCAGCACUUGAAGGUGCUAAGAAGAAAACACCAUGGCAGGGGCCUCUGUCAAGGUGGCAGUUCGGGUCCGUCCCUUCAAUUCAAGGGAAAUUGGAAGAGAAAGCAAAUGCAUCAUCCAAAUGUCUGGGAACACCACCACCAUCAUCAACCCCAAGCAGGCCAAAGACAACAAGAGCUUCAACUUUGAUUACUCCUACUGGUCGCACACAACGCCCGAGGAUGUCAAUUAUGCCUCCCAGAUGCGUGUGUACAAAGACAUCGGAGAGGAAAUGUUGCUUCAUGCCUUUGAAGGAUACAACGUCUGCAUCUUUGCAUAUGGUCAGACAGGUGCUGGCAAAUCCUACACAAUGAUGGGAAAACAGGAUGUCAAGGAUCAGCAAGGAAUCAUUCCACUGCUUUGUGAAGAUCUUUUCACGAAGAUCAGUGAUAAUACAGACAACAGCUUAUCCUACUCUGUGGAGGUUAGCUACAUGGAGAUCUACUGUGAGCGUGUGCGGGACUUGCUGAACCCUAAAAACAAAGGGAACCUACGCGUUAGAGAACAUCCUCUGAUGGGUCCUUACGUUGAGGACCUGUCCAAACUGGCUGUCACAUCUUACAAUGAUAUCCAGGAUCUAAUGGACUCUGGCAACAAGGCCAGGACUGUUGCUGCCACCAACAUGAACGAGACCAGCAGUCGCUCACACGCAGUUUUUAACAUCAUAUUUACUCAGAAACGCUUUGAUGCAGAGACUGACAACACCUCUGAAAAGGUCAGCAAAAUAAGCUUGGUGGAUCUAGCUGGCAGCGAGAGGGCCGAUUCUACUGGAGCCAAAGGAACCAGGCUUAAGGAAGGAGCAAAUAUCAACAAGUCUUUAACCACAUUGGGGAAAGUCAUCUCUGCUUUGGCAGAAGUGGAUUCUGGUCAGAAUAAGAAUAAAAAGAAGAAGAAAGUGGAAAGCUUCAUCCCAUAUAGAGAUUCAGUUUUAACUUGGCUACUAAGAGAGAACUUGGGGGGAAAUUCUCGAACUGCGAUGGUUGCUGCUCUGAGUCCAGCUGACAUCAACUACGAUGAAACCCUCAGCACACUCAGGUAUGCUGACCGUGCCAAACAGAUCCGCUGUAAUGCUGUCAUCAACGAGGAUCCAAACAAUCGAUUGGUCCGUGAGCUGAAAGAGGAAGUCUCUCGUCUGAAAGACCUCCUGUAUGCCCAGGGACUGGGUGACAUUAUUGAGAUGACCAAUGCCAUGACAGGGAUGAGCCCAUCCCCAUCCCUCUCAGCCUUGUCCAGUCGUGCCGGCUCUAUUGCCAGUCUGCAUGACCGCAUCAUGUUCAGCCCAGGCAGCGAGGAAGCCAUCGAGCGACUGAAGGAAACUGAGAAAAUUAUUGCUGAACUAAAUGAGACCUGGGAAGAAAAGCUCCGCAGGACAGAAGCCAUUAGAAUGGAAAGAGAGGCCCUACUGGCAGAAAUGGGUGUGGCAAUACGUGAAGAUGGUGGCACUGUUGGGGUGUUCUCUCCCAAGAAGACACCUCAUCUGGUGAACCUUAAUGAGGACCCGUUGAUGUCUGAGUGCCUGCUGUACUACAUUAAAGAAGGAAUCACCAGGGUGGGCCGUUUGGAUGCCAGCAGCCGUCAGGACAUAGUCCUCAGCGGUCAUUUCAUCAAGGAUGAGCACUGCACUUUUACAAGAUCUUCUGGUCCAUCAGGGGAAACAGCAGUUGUCCUAGAGCCCUGUGAUGGAGCUGAGACUUACGUCAAUGGAAAGAGAGUGACAGAGCCGACAGUUCUGAAGUCGGGAAAUCGCAUCAUCCUGGGGAAAAGUCACGUCUUCCGGUUCAACCAUCCUGAACAGGCCAGGGCUGAAAGAGAAAGGACCCCCUGCGCUGAAACCCCUGCUGAGCCGGUUGACUGGGCAUUUGCACAGAGGGAGCUGUUGGACAAACAGGGCAUUGACAUGAAACAAGAAAUGGAACAGAGACUUCAGGAGUUGGAGGAUCAAUAUCGCAAAGAAAGAGAGGAGGCCAACAAUCUUCUGGAACAGCAAAGACUGGACUAUGAAAGCAAGCUCGAGGCUCUACAGAAGCAGGUGGACCGUUGUUACCCAGAAGCUCCUGAAGAAGAGGAGGAACCAGAAGAGGAAGUUCAGUGGACGGAGAGGGAGAGAGAGCUGGCUGUGUGGAGCUCCCGAAAGUGGAGGUGCUACCAGUUCACCUCGCUGCGCGAUCUCUUAUGGGGAAAUGCCAUCUUCCUUAAGGAGGCCAACGCCAUCAGUGUCGAACUCAAGAAGAAGGUCCAGUUCCAGUUUGUGUUGCUCACAGACACUCUCUACUCCCCACUCCCUCCUGACCUGUUGCCCCCAGAGGCCACUCAAGACAGAGAAAAUAAACACUUUCCUCGCACUAUUGUGGCUGUGGAAGUGCAAGAUCAGAAGAAUGGAGCAACUCACUUCUGGACAUUAGAGAAAUUAAGGCAGAGGCUUGACCUCAUGCGAGAGAUGUACGACCGUGCUGCUGAUGUGCCCAACACUACCGCAGAGGAAAAUGAAAGUGUCAUGACGGGAGGCGACCCUUUUUACGAUCGCUUCCCAUGGUUCCGCCUGGUUGGCAGAAAUCCCAUUUUCAACACAUGCAUGAGCGAGCGCAUGAGUGACCCUACCCCAUCCCCGACCCUUUCCACCUCUGAAAUUACUGAGCUGGCUGACUCGCAGAGGGAGGGUCAAGGGGAGGAGGAGGAGUUGGAAGAGUUGGAGGACCUGGAUGAUGAUAUCUUUUUGGACGAUCCGUGCUCGGAGCUCGGGGCAGAGGAUGAUGAUGAUGUUGGAGAGCUCUGCCGAGGCUCCAGCGAAGGCCAGGAUCCCUUUUACGACCGCUCUCCAUUAUUCAGUGUAGUGGGAAGGGCAUUUGUUUAUCUGAGCAACCUGCUGUACCCGGUUCCUCUUGUGCACCGCGUGGCCAUUGUCAGUGAGAAAGGAGAGGUGAAGGGCUUCCUGCGGGUGGCUGUUCAGGCCAUAUCAGCUGAUGAGGAAGCUCCAGACUACGGCUCAGGUGUGAGACAGUCAGGCACUGCCAAGAUUUCAUUUGAGGAUCAGCAGUAUGAGAAGUUCCAGUCAGAGUCCUGCUCUGUUGAAGUUGGACUUUCCCGCACAGGGAUUUCUCAGGAGGAGCUUCGCAUUGUGGAGGGAGAGGGCCAAAAUCCUGAAAUGAGCCCCUCAGCAGAUGAGGUCAACAACAACACAUGUGCGGCUGGUGCAGACGAGUUGGAGAAUCCAGUGAAGGCCAGUCUAGAUGCUGCUUUAGAUGCAACUUUGGAGCACCUGAAGAUUGGAAACAUUUUUACCUUCAGGGUGACUGUCCUGCAGGCCUCCAGCAUUUCUGCAGAAUAUGCAGACAUCUUCUGUCAGUUUAAUUUCAUCCAUCGCCAUGACGAGGCCUUCUCUACUGAACCACUGAAAAACACAGGCCGUGGCCCUCCUCUUGGCUUCUACCACGUGCAGAAUAUUGCUGUUGAAGUAACCAAGUCCUUUGUGGACUACAUCAAGACUCAGCCAAUCGUCUUUGAGGUGUUUGGGCACUACCAGAAACAACCUUUCCUUCCUCUUUGUAAAGAUGUCAUCAGUCCACUGCGCCCAUUCAAAAGGCAGUUUCCACAAGUGAUACCUCUUUCCAAACCAGUGCCUGCCACCAAGCUGAAGGCCAUGACACGUCCCCAGGCGGGCCCCUGCCACUGUAAAUAUGAUCUGAUGGUAUUCUUUGAGAUCUGCGAGCUUGAGGCCAAUGGAGAUUACAUCCCUGCAGUUGUAGACCACAGAGGAGGCUUGCCAUGCCAGGGUACAUUCCUACUGCAUCAGGGCCUCCAGAGGAGAAUUGCUGUUACCAUCGUACAUGAGUCUGCUGGAGACAUAGAGUGGAACGAUGUCCGUGAGCUUGUUGUGGGGCGUUUACGCAACACCGUCGAAGGUGACGAGACCAUCAUCGACCCAAAUAUACUGUCACUUAACAUCUUGUCUGCUGGGUAUGUCAAGCCCUUGCUGGAUGACAGACAGUUUCUUGAUUCGGACAUGCCUAGGACGUUCUACCGCUUUGAGGCUGCUUGGGAUAGCUCAAUGCACAACUCUCUGCUCCUAAACCGAGUUACACCGUACGGAGAGAAGAUCUACAUGACCCUCUCAGCCUACUUGGAGAUGGAGAACUGCACACAGCCCGCAGUCAUAACCAAAGAUAUCUGUAUGGUGUUUUACUCCCGAGACACAAAGCUCUCAGCCUCUCGUUCAAUCCGCAACCUUUUCGGUACUGGAAGCCUUAGAGCAGCGGAUGGAAACCGAGUAACUGGAGUUUAUGAGGUUAGCUUAUGUCACCUUGCAGAUGCUGGAAGUCCAGGAAUGCAGAGGAGACGGAGGCGGGUGCUGGACACCUCUGUGGCCUAUGUCCGGGGCGAAGAGAACCUGGCCGGGUGGAGGCCACGCAGUGACAGCCUCAUUUUGGACCACCAGUGGGAGCUGGAGAAACUCAGUCUCCUCCAAGAGGUGGAGAAGACCAAACAUUUCCUCCUGCUGAGGGAGAAACUGGAGACCACCUUGCUUACGGGCCAGGUGUCCUUUCAUUCCUGUAUCACCGAGGAGCUUAGUGAGUCCACUGACGUCUCCGAGGUAGAUCAGGAGGCUGUCUGCAGCUCAGAGAUAACCACCGAGAGGCAGGUGGAGCUUGUUGCCAAGUGUUUGCGGCUGCUCACCCACUCCUUUAACAGAGAAUACAGCCACGUGUGCGUCAGCGCCAGUGAAAGCAAGAUCUCUGAGAUGUCUGUCACAUUGCCUAGAGAGUCCUCGUUCAUAUUUCCUCUAAACACAAUCACACCCUCCUCAACAUGUCCUUCACUGGUUGAGGGUUGCUAUAACAACACUGAGCUAAAACCACCCACACCUCGCUCUCGCGCUGUCAGCCCCAGUCCUGAGAUGCAGCAGGAUGGACUGGACAAAAAGUCCAUGAAUGUAGGUUCUGACGUCAAACCUCGGACUCGAAAGUAUAUCCCUGGUAUACAGGAGAUUAGAGUCAGCCCAAUCGUAUCAAAGAAGGGCUACAUACAUUUCUUGGAGCCACACACCAACGGCUGGGUGAAACGCUAUGUAGUUGUGCGGCGGCCGUAUGUUUACAUCUACAACUCAGAACGGGACACAGUGGAGAGGGCUAUUCUAAACCUCUCCUCUGCCCAGGUGGAGUACAGUGAGGACCAGCAGGCAAUGCUAAAGACUCCAAAUACGUUCGCUGUGUGUACAGAACAUCGUGGAAUAUUACUUCAAGCCACUAAUGACAAAGAAAUGCAUGACUGGUUAUAUGCAUUCAACCCUCUUCUUGCUGGAACUAUCAGGUCAAAGCUGUCAAGAAGACGAGCCGGACAGAUGAGGAUCUAAAAGAAAGAUAAAUGCAAAGAUUACACUGUACAUAUGUCCCUGUUCUCAUCAUUCCCAUUGUGCUGAGCCUAGUUUCUACCUUCACUGUCACCAACAGCAAUCUUCCCUCUUUGCAUUCUCGAUUCAUCGUUCCUGUCUUCAGCGUCUGUUUUCUGUCAGGCCUUAGCAACGUGCGCGUUUUUCAGUGUGAAGAAACUUCGGAAACAAAUCAGUCACCGUACUGUACCGGCAUUGAUUCGGAGCUGGACCGCUGGAGACAACGAACGGAGCAGCAACAGUUUCUUAUGCCAGAUUACAUUUGUAUGAUAAUGUGCUGUAGUUGUUGUCAGUGACUCAUCAAGCUUACACAUUUAUUACUUCAGAAAACCAGUGACAUGUAUUCUUAAAUAAAGCUACUAGUUAAGAUCAUCAUCAUUACAUAUGCAUCAGUGAAUAUAAAAAAAAAAAACAUGUAGGUUCCUCUCUGCUCUACUCCACUGCUAAAUAUAAAGUACAGUCAGAAGAUACAAGCUAAAAUAAUAAGAAGAAGAAUAAAAACAGCAGAGGGCACCUGAUCUGCCUCCCUCUCCAUAAAUGUCUUACAAAUUUAGGCACACACAGCCUGGCAACGAAAGGACAUAUCUUCAUAAACCUCAGUGUAAACCCAUAUCAUUUAAGCUACUUGUAGAAGCACUGAAGGUAUUUCCAUUUGCAUAACAACAAAAUCAAACAUCACCUUAUUUCUGCCAGUAUCACUUCCUUCUCUCUGAAUUGUAUUUGUUUUUGAAAUGUGAUAUAUUUAGAUUUUUAACAGGCUACUUAUUUAUUUCUGCGUGUAUUUAUUUACAAAGACAUUUAUAUUUCUAAAGUAGUAGUGCAAUUUCUGCACAUGGCACUUUUUAAUGAGUUCCUGAAAUAUUUGAAGAAUAAGAAGACUUUGUCCCUGUGCUUUGCUUUUGAAAUAAUUGAAUAACAUAGUCAGUUUCUUUGUGCUGAAUAAUACAAUCCACCCCCCCAUUAUUAGGAUAGCCUAACCUUUGAUCCAACUAAUAUCCAUGUAAGAUUUUUGAUAUUAAGUUGGUCUUGUCAUCCCUCUUAAAACAAGAAAAACAAGAGUUAUUCUUCACAGCACACAAUAUGAAACAGGUUUUCUGAAUGAUAUAUGUAUAUGAAGUGUAGUGCCUCUCUUUUCUAACAUUCUGCACAGUAUGCCUCUGCACCGAUUUCUUUGGAAUCACAUCCUUCAUGCUGAAAUGUCUGCAGAUACCAUCAUCACUUUUCUUUAUUAUAUGCAUUUCAGACAAAAAAGUAAAAUAUUAGAAAGAGUUUCAGCAUAUCUCAGGAUUGUCAGAUAGCAUAGGGCUCUAUUUCUUACCAUGACUCAACUCUGUGGACAUACAAGAUGUUAAAAUGCAGACCAUUUAUAGCUUUAAUCACUUCUCUUUUUUUCCCUUAUUUGCAGUCUAGUCUGAGCCUGUUCUAGAACCACUGGCAGACUUAGCUAGUGAGGUGUUUUGCGAAUCUGGUGGAUUAGCAUGCCUCAGGUCGGCCAGCCUACAGAGCAUGUUUAGUGAUUGUACUGAUUUUUUACUUGACUGCAAGGACAGGAGAUUUAAACACGUACAAAAAGGUGCAAAAAUGGUCUUACAUUCUCAGCCUAACGAGAGCACUUCUAAGGGCGAUUAAACAGCUACAAACAUCCUAUCUUUUGUUUGUGUUUUCUGUAGAUGUGAUUCACGUUAGGUCUUGUGUGAUGUGGCAAUAUUUUAAAGUGACCCAUUCAGGGGUUUCGACAGAUCUCCUUGUGUGCACAACUGUUUGUGGUUUUAAUAAAUCUAUGAUUAAUAUAUUGUUGUUAAAAAUGAGUUUCUCUGUGUAAACAAGGGUGGAUCGGUGUUAUAACCUGGCACCUCACCUUCUGACCAGGAUCUUUGAAUAUCCUGCUGUUCUGGACUUUUCCCCAAACUCCCCAUUUUUCAUCAUGCUAUUUUAUUCCAAAACCUCAAACAGUCCAAAACCAUCCGUGUCUAUAAUUGUUUCAGAUUAUUCUUGUUUUCAUGUCCAUCACAUUUAAAGCUACCAAAGUUUUGUUGGUACACUCCCAAAACGUUCACUCUGAAUGUACAAUGAUCUAUAGAAAUGCUUAUUCUGCUUCAAUGUUUUAAUGAACGCUCUGCAUUCCAGUUGUAGUUCCUCACUGAUUGUAGGACAGUUAUUACCAGGGAUGUAAAUGGAGGUUCUGGGACCCACCUGGUAUAAUCUGUCUGCUUAUGUGUGGGACGUUUAUGGUUCACUGUGGCCUAGUUAAACUUUACAUCUUGUACAAAGUAAUGCUCAGAGUUAGUCACUUUCCUUCCUGUAUCAGCAUCUACCCUCACCAUCCUACUGCAGCGAAAGCCUUCACACUAAAUCUUUUUUUCAAAUCCCUGACCUAUGAAGUAAUCUCACAUUUUUGUGCUUCCAUAUCUAUUUUUUGCACCAAUACAUUUCAUUGUUCUUCAAAGAUUUUGCAUUGUAUAUAAACAUGAUUGCUGUGAACAAUGUAUUAUACAAUUGCACCUGUUAACAAACUCCUAAAUGGGCAGUAGUUCAGUCGGUGUCUGAGUGUUUGAGUUUCCUGUCAGAUGUUUGUGUACACUGAACACAUCUUCAUAUAUUAAAUAAACAUGGAAGUGAUGCAACACAAA